CGACAGGAGAAUCCACGGAAAGCUAAAUAUAACACCGUGCUCUCUCUUAAAAAAAAAAGACACUAAAUAUAACACCUCAGACUCUGCGGCCGCCGCAAUCUCGCUAUUCCUCUCCGCCCCGCCAUCACCAAUUGUCCAAUUCACCACCAGUUCACCAGAUCACCUGAUACAGAGCCGAGAUGGCGGUUGUUUUGUCCAAUUUCAACUCUGAGGCAGGCCUCAAAAAGCUUGAUGAAUACCUCCUCACCCGCAGCUACAUCAGUGGGUACCUUGCUUCAAAAGAUGACAUGGCUGUGUACACUGCACUUUCAUCUGCGCCCAAACCAAGCUAUGUCAAUGUCACAAGGUGGUAUGAUCAUAUCAGUGCUCUCCUAAGGUCCAGUGGAGUUACGGCAGUGGGUGAAGGCGUCAAGGUUGAGUCAUCUGCUUGUUCUGUGGCUUCAACUUCUGAAGUUGCUGACCAAAAGGCACCAGCAGCUGAUGAUGAUGAUGAUGUCGAUCUAUUUGGUGAAGAGACUGAAGAGGAGAAGAAAGCAGCAGAAGAACGUGCCGCCGCUGUCAAGGCCUCUACCAAGAAGAAAGAAUGUAUAUCUUUCACCCAACAGGCUGGAAAGUCAUCAGUUCUCCUAGAUGUGAAGCCAUGGGAUGAUGAGACGGACAUGAAAAAGCUUGAGGAAACUGUUAGGGGUGUGAAGAUGGAAGGCCUGUUAUGGGGUGCAUCCAAACUUGUUUCAGUUGGAUAUGGCAUCAAGAAGUUGCAAAUUAUGAUGACCAUCGUGGAUGACCUUGUUUCUGUUGACAAUCUCAUUGAGGACCAUUUCGAUGUUGAGCCAGCCAACGAAUACAUUCAGAGCUGCGAUAUUGUAGCCUUCAACAAAAUCUAGAACUGAAUCGUGAGAGAAACAAAGUUGAAGGGAGAAGAUAUAGUUGCUACUAUCUGCAAUUUUCUCUCCAAUUUUUCCAAUGUUCACUGUAAGAACUAUUUUUACUGUCUUGUAAUUUGGAACCUGGCCGCUUUUAUGAUGUGAAGAAAAGACAGUUUGGUUUGUUGUGACCCUUUGAUGUGAGUUUAUCCCUUUCAUAGCA